CUUUCACGUCCUCAUUUUCGAAUUCGCCGAUCCCCAUGCAAGUGUACUCCCCACUCUCCCACGAUGCCGAUCGAGGCGUGACGAUCAACUUUGCGUCGCCCGAUAUUGACAACAUCUGCCACGAGAUCAAGGCCGCCAUCGCGGGGUUCGGCACCGACGAGCAGCGCUUGAACCGCGCGUUGGGUGCGCGCACAGUAUCGGAGCGCUACUUGGUAAACCUGCGGUACCCGCAACUCCACGGCAAGUCGCUUGUGGACGAGCUCGAGAGCGAAACGUCGGGUGACUACCGCAAGUUGCUGCUGUUGUUGGCGCAGCCGUUGGAAGACGCGGAAGCCACCAUCAUCCGCGACGCGACCAAGGGGUCGGGCACGAACGAAGAGCUGCUGUACCCAGUGUUUGGCGGCCGCACCUCGAACGAGAUCUCGAUCUUGAAGAAGGCGUUCUUCAAAAAGUACCAGAACGACUUGGUCGUAGUCGUGGCCGACGACGUGGGCGGCGACUUGAAGAAGCAUUACCUCGCCAUCUUGAACGCGCUCACCCAGCCGUACGACCCAUCGAUCCACAAUCAACACAAGGCGGAAGAAAUCGCUGAGUUGUUGUACAAGGCUGGCGAAGGCAAGUGGGGUACCGACGAGAGCGCGUUCAUCAACGCACUUGUGUCGAUCCCUCCGCAGUUCCUUCGCGCCGUCGACGCCGCGUACGUGGCCAAACACAAGAGCAACCUCGCCCGCGCGAUCGAGAAGGAGUUCACGGGAAACACGGAGCGUGCGAUGAUGUACCACGUAAACAUCACGUUGAACCCCAUCGAGACGGUCGCGGACCAAUUCGAACACACGAUGAAAGGCAUGGGCACGGACGAGUACAGCCUCGGCGCCGCAGUCGUGCGCUACCAGUCGAUUCUAAAGGAAGUCGCGCCCGUGUACAAGGCCAAAUAUGGGAAGUCCCUCCGCGAUCGCAUCCACGACGAAACUGGCGGCGACUUCCAAAAGCUCAUUUUGAUUGUGCUCGAGCAUUCGAUUUAACAAGGCAGUCGCGGCGUACGUUAGUAUGUAGUAGUCCUACUAACUACAGUACUGCCUACAAAAUGGCUAUGUUUUGAACAAAAUAAUAUCCAUUGGUCCAUUCGCAA